CCCACGGUCUGACUGGCAUUAGUUCCAUGUAGUUCCCGCCUUCAUCCGUGUAGAUCCCUAGGUCCCCUGCAUCCUUAGUCCUUCGUGACCAGCUCUAAUUCUCUAAGCGGAGACUAUCAUAGAGAAUGUGAUUAUCUAAACCAAAGGAGGGUGGCAGAGAUAAAAAUAAGUAAGAAAAAAAAACCUUUCCAACAGACGCAUGGAAUAUCAGAGGCUACCUAUGAGCUGGCCUCGUUGGCUAUGCAGUGCAACACAUAUAUUCUCAUAUAGAUGAUCCUGUCGCAAUACUGUUCCUCAAAUAAGCUAAUGGGGCCAACUGCCGCGGAUAUCCAUGGUUCGAUCGCAAAUCUGCGCCACCCGUCAGCAUCGUUAGAGCCAGUGGUUGGCCGCUUGGCGUUUCUACUCCCUGAUCAUAUUUAUCCUAGAAAAUACAUACGCACGGAGCGCGCGCGAAUCAAGGCCACUUUCUUUCCCCAGGUCUUUUCAAACUCCAUAGCUCAUAAUCUUAAUACACAUCGUCGCGCGGGAAACGCUGGGGCUUCUCAGCCCUACCAAUGUCCGGCCCGCUGCUAUUCUUCGACGGCCUAUCCUGAGAUAUAUCAUCUCGCGUCCAUAGGGCCGCCGGCAUCUGGUUCUUGAAGAUGCCGUCGGUUUUCCGUCGCGCCGCCGUGGAUGCCGCGCCCUCGCCGCCGACUGGGAUCGUCGUUACAGACUCGGAUAUGAACCCUAUCCUACAGAUGAUCACUUGGCUACUGAUCGCGUUGACAUCGCUUAUGCUUUGCUUCCGCUUUUUGACGAAGUUUUUCCUGAAAACGAACCAACGGUUUGGAUGGGAAGAGGCGCUCAUCGCCUUGGCAUUUUUCGCUGGUCUCGGCGAAUCCGUGACGCUCCUCGUCCCCGAGGGGAAAAUAUUUGGAAAAGCGCGAAGUCUCAUUUCCGACGAUGAAUUUACAGCAGGUCUUAAAGUGCAAUACGCCGGGCAAUUAUUAUAUAUCCUCGCCCUCGGACUUGCGAAGCUCUCGGUUUGCAUAGGGUUAUCUGCCUUGUCCCCGGAAUCGGGACACCGUCGCCUCACGUCUGUCUUCAUUGUUACCGUCAUAAUCUGGUUGCUAGUAGCCUUCGUCGGAACGGCUUUUCAGUGCGGGAGCCACGGUCCAUGGGAAAGCAACGACUCCAGCUGCAUCGAUAGGAUAGCAUUUUUAGAAUACGUGGACAUCACGAAUAUUCUAACGGACGCUUCACUCAUAGCUCUUCCGGCAAUCGUCAUAUAUCCGCUCAAACUUUCGGCUAGGACACGAAUCAUAGCUCUUAGCUUCUUCUCCGUGAGGAUAUUUGCUAUUGCAGCGACGGUUUGCCAACUCAUCUAUCUUCCCCGCCUUGCCGAAGACGAUUAUACGCUCCGAGGAUUUCCAUACUACCUUAGCAUGCAAUUCGUCCAAUUCGCAAGUAUAUCGGCCGCCUGUGCUGCUUACUUCUGGCCCUUCCUCCGAUCGCUACGAAGCGGAUUCAUAUCAGCCAACAACAGAGCCUUGACUUCUGACUUCGCGCUCGCCAAGCUGCGUGUCACUCCUCCUAGCGGCGCAAAUACAUCUGACCUAGGGUCAGGGGGCUCCUCUCAAAAUAGGGAUCGAAGUAAUUACAUUAAAAUCACUACCGACAAUACGGUAACUACGGCUGCGAGACCGCAUGAACAACCACGACAAAAGCAUUUCGGAAGCGAGAGAUAUUUGAGGGAUUGGUGAUAGGAGCAAGGAAGCAACUGUAUGGUAUUAAUUCUUAAUCACUAUGGGCAAUUUUAUGCUAUGGAUCACCAGCACGGGUGAAACCAUGAGGCGUCAUCAUAAUCCGAGGCGUCACCUGGAUCGAGCGGAAGGAUCCGAAUUAAAAGGUGCACGAUCACCCCGCCCGCGUUCUAUCCGCCUAAGUCGUACCAGUCACAUAUGGGCAUAGGAAUUCCUCG